CCAGAAGGCACUUUGAGCUGCAAGGCUGAAACCUGCUGGGACGCCAAGUCUUCUUCCCGCGGAACAUGGGCGACAUGGGAGACCCUCCUAAAAAGAAGCGCCUGGUGUCCCUGUGCGUGGGCUGCGGCAACCAGAUCCACGACCAGUACAUCCUGAGGGUCUCUCCGGACCUGGAGUGGCACGCGGCCUGCCUGAAGUGCGCCGAGUGCAGCCAGUACCUGGACGAGUCGUGCACCUGCUUCGUCAGGGACGGCAAGACCUACUGCAAGCGGGACUACGUCCGGUUGUACGGCAUCAAGUGCGCCAAGUGCAACAUCGGCUUCAGCAAGAACGACUUCGUGAUGCGGGCCCGCGCCAAGGUUUACCACAUCGAGUGUUUCCGCUGCGUGGCGUGCAGCCGCCAGCUCAUCCCGGGGGACGAGUUCGCUCUGCGGGAGGACGGACUCUUCUGCCGGGCGGACCACGACGUGGUGGAGCGGGCCACGCUGGGCCACGGAGACCCGCUCAGUCCGCUGCACCCCGCCAGACCUCUGCAGAUGGCCGAGCCGCUGAGCGGCCGGCAGUCCGCCCUGCGGCCGCACAUCCACAAGCAGCCGGAGAAGACCACGCGUGUGCGGACCGUGCUGAACGAGAAGCAGCUGCACACGCUGCGCACGUGCUACAACGCCAACCCGCGGCCCGACGCGCUGAUGAAGGAGCAGCUGGUGGAGAUGACGGGACUCAGUCCGCGCGUCAUCAGGGUCUGGUUCCAGAACAAAAGGUGCAAAGACAAGAAGAGGAGCAUACUCAUGAAGCAACUGCAGCAGCAGCAGCCCAACGACAAGACGAACAUCCAAGGUCUGACGGGAACGCCGAUGGUGGCGGCGAGUCCCGAGCGCCACGACGGCCUGCAGGUGAACCCGGUAGAGGUCCAGAGCUACCAGCCGCCAUGGAAAGUUCUCAGCGACUUUGCUUUGCAGAGCGACAUCGAUCAGCCGCCCUUUCAACAGCUGGUGACAUUUUCGGAGGGCGGGCCGGGUUCCAACUCGACGGGCAGCGAGGUGGCGUCCAUGUCGUCCCAGCUGCCCGACACGCCCAACAGUAUGGCGUCCAGCCCCGUGGAGGCCUGAGCGGGCGGCCGCUGCCUUGCUGGAGGGCGGCGGCGUCGCCGUGAAGACAAUCAUGGAUUUGUACCGACCAGCCCAGACUUUGGACGCUGGGCUUUCUUUGCCAAAACGGACGGGGGGGAAAAAAGAGAACGUGGGCCGGAGCUUUUCUUCUGGUGACUCCAUCAAGCAUUUGCAACGAUGAUACCUCUCUGGUGGCGCUCCGAGGGACCGCUCCCGUGAGUGGUCUUGGAUUAUUCAGUAGACUUAGGGACCGUCCACAAAGUCACGUGUCUUCUUCUCAUGACAACUUGAAGACUUCACCUUCUUUGAAAAAAGACAAAAACAAGACUAUCACUGUGACUUUUAUUUAUCUAUUUAUUUCUAAUUUAUUUCCUCCAUAUUUAUUGAUCAGAAGGCGGAGGAUGGGAGAGAGAGAGAGAGAGAGAGAGA